AGCAUUUAAACUUCACCCUUCAACCGCAGUUAUGAUUGUUUUUAGUUUGUUAGCUGCCUGGAACGUUAUUUUAAGAAAGCAGAAGCACCAUCAUUUGCACACUCCUUAUAGAUCACACACCUUAACCCUGACUUUUUUGCUCCAGUUUUGCAAAAGAAGUCAAGAUGAAGAGACACUUACUUUUCUGGGGACUCCUGGCCAUUUUUGUUAAGGCUGUUCUUGUGACAGCCCAAGACGAAGAUGAAAGGAUUGUUCUUGUUGACAACAAAUGUAAGUGUGCCCGGAUUACUUCCAGGGUCAUCCAGUCUUCUGAAGACCCUAAUGAGGACAUUGUGGAAAGAAACAUCCGAAUUAUUGUUCCUCUGAACAGCAGGGAGAAUAUCUCUGAUCCCACCUCACCAUUGAGAACCAAAUUUGAGUACCAUUUGUCUGACCUCUGUAAAAAAUGUGACCCUGUAGAAGUAGAGCUGGAGAAUCAGAUAGUUACUGCUACCCAGAGCAAUAUCUGUGAAGAAGACAGUGCCACAGAGACCUGCUACACUUAUGACAGAAACAAGUGCUACACGGCUGUGGUCCCAUUUACAUACGGUGGUGUGACCAGAAUGGUGGAAACAGCCUUGACCCCGGACUCCUGCUAUCCUGACUAACUUAAGUUGUUGCUGACUGCGCAACGCUAUCUUGAGAGGCUCUCCACUUUGAUCCAGAAGUUAAUAUAUUUACAACCAAUGCAUUUGAAACCAGGAUUUUUUUUUUGGAUAACAUUAAACUAACUUUCUCCCCAAAAUAAUUUAAAUAGUAACAUUGUUAUCUUUAUUAGAAAAUUACUUCUCAAUCUUAUAUGUUCACACUCUAAAGUAUUAAAAUGUGUCAGUUAUCAUGUUCGCCUGAAGAGGUGUACUCCCUUAAGAACCCAGCUUCUAGCAUUAAAAAAAAAAAAAUAGACAAGGGGAGAAAAUAAAACUCAAAGUGUUAAAAUCAGGAGGCAUAAUAAAAUGUU